AACACAACCAAUUAGGUAUCUCUCAUGGAAUUAGUUUGGUGCCUGACAGUCAUUGACAUACAAUGAUUAUAGAACAGUCCCCUCCUUAUCAAAGUUCAGUUUCAGGAAUCUCUGCAGCAGAGAAAAAGAAAGCAGACAACAUUGUAGGCCUUCAACAGGCACAACUGUAGAGAUCACCUGCUGGAAAUAAAUGGCUUCCAUGUCUGUCUCAGCAGUAGAUUUAUCCUGUCCUGUGUGCUUUGAAAUCUUCAAGCAUCCCGUUCUUCUGACUUGUACUCACAGCAUCUGUAAAGGCUGCCUCAAGAGAUUCUGGAAAACUAAAGAAGCACGAGAAUGCCCGGUCUGCAGGGCAAAAUCUUCAGAAAAGCAUCCUCCACUUAACCUUCAUCUGAAGAACCUAUGUGAGCGUUUUUCGAAGGAGAGAGAAGAUCAGAAGAAUGUAAUCUGCACUCUGCACCAAUCAGAAUUCAGGCUCUUCUGUGAAAAUGAUGAGCAGCUUGUGUGCUUCGUGGGUUGGGAGUCAAAACUCCAUAACAAACACAACUUCAAUCCCAUUGAUGAGGCAGCACAUGAUCACAAGGAGAUACUAAAGACCACUCUGAAGCCCUUACAGGACAAACUGAAGAGAUUUAAUUAUGUGAAACUCACCUAUGAGGAAACCGCACAAUACAUAAAGUUCCAGACCCAAAAGGCCGAGAAGCAGAUGAAGGAGGAGUUUGAGAAGCUUCACCAGUUUCUACGUGAUGAAGAGGCAGCCAGGAUAGCCGCAUUGAGGGAGGAAGAGGAGCAGAAGAGUGAGAUGAUGGAGAAGAUUGAGAAGAUGAGCAGAGAUAUCUCAUCUCUUUCUGACACAAUCAAAGCCAUAGAAGAGGAGAUGGAAGCUGAUGAUGUCACAUUCCUGCAGAACUACAAGGUCACAGUGGAAAAAGCCCAGUGCACACUGCAGGAUCCAGAGAAGCUUCCACAAGGAGCUAUGAUGAUCAAUGUGGCAAAGCACCUUGGCAACCUGAAGUUCAGAGUCUGGGAGAAGAUGCAGGAGAUUGUUCAAUACUCUCCUGAGACUCGGAAGAAAAAAUGUUUUGGAAUUUUUGAUUUUUUUACAUAAUUUGAUUGUUAUGGUGGACUGAAACCUGACUAAAGCUUUUUUUUUUUCAAAAAUACUUGUUUACUAUUUGUUUCAUCACAUGUCCACUGUAGUGGACGUUGGAACUAUGUUGGUCUAUUGACUAUAAUCAGCUAUAGGUUUAUAUUUAAGUUACUGUGAUAAAUUUGACACUGUAAUUAAACAACAAUCACAGGGGAUGUGUUAGUGUUACAUAUGGACAGAAUUCGGAGACACAUGUUUGUUACUGUUCCCUGACUAAGUCAUGCAUGAUCAUCGCAAGAUUUUGACCAUCUCCAUAAGUCCCAUGCAUGGUCUCAAGGUGACCUGGGGAGAGUAUAAGUGUAUCCUAUCUUUCCAUUUGCAAGAUAUUAUAUUAUGUUGCUUUGUAAUGUUAUGCUUAUGUUGCUUUGUCAGCCAACAUUAAAGGUUGGAAUGUUACGCUGAAAUUGCCAAGUAAUUCAAGUAGUUCCUUUCAAGCUAAUUGCUCUUCAUCAGACUUGAAUCAAGACACAUACCAUCC